GCGGGGUCGUCCAGUGGCGGCGGUGACGGCAGUGGGUCAGUGUGCUCGGGUGGCCCUCCCUCGCCGAGGAUGGUCCGCACCGUCGUGGCUCUGCUGCUACUGGCCGUCAUCAGCCCUGCACUGCCCCAGAGUCUGUUCGACUCGGUGCGGCAGCAGCAGCAGCAGCAGCGGCAGCAGCAGCGGGCGCCGGGCCGGCCGUGGUCCUCCCGCCGCCGGCCCGGCCCCGGCACCGACUGGACACUGCUCGCCGAGGACUGGGAGGACCGGCAGGAGGAGGAGGAGCAGCAGGAGGAGCGGGCCGGCCGGCCGGCGCGCUCCACCAGCUGGCUCACCUCAAACACCACGGCACGCUCCGUGCUGCCGCCCGACUACGACAUGCUCGAGAAGCCGCGGUCACCGGUACCCGGGCAGCCACUCAAGGUUUCCCUCAGCCUGAAAGUCAGGGAUAUUCAAGACAUCAAUGAGGAACAUAUGGAGCUGGCCACGGAGAUGUUCCUGAGGUUCUACUGGACUGACAGCCGUCUGAUUCCGCCGGAGACACUCAAACCAGGACAGUGGUUCAACCUCCAUCCCGCCAUAUUUGACCAAAUGUGGAAACCAAUCACCUUCGUAGAUCACAUGAAGGGCCUGCGAAUAUACAAGCUAAUAUCGCCGGCCAGCAGUUUACGGAUGCAGUCGGACGGCUUCAUUCGCUACUCAGUGCUGCUGACGGUUACCAUUGUGUGCAAGAUGAGUUUCCGCGACUACCCGUUCGACUCGCAGCACUGCGUGUUCCACUUGGAAGACUACUCGUAUCGUACGGAGGAAGUGGUGUACGAGUGGGAACCGCCAGGGAUCGAGGUCAGCCCCGACCUUACACACGACCACUACGAUAUCCGGGUGGAGGUGCUGGCCACACAAAACUACAGCCACCACACCAUGAGCUUUCCGGCGCUGGAGUUUCAUGUGAACCUGCAACGGCGGCUGAGUUUCCACCUGCUGCAGACGUUCAUCCCGUCGGCGCUGUUCGUGUGGGUCGGCUGGCUCAGCUUCCUGGUGCCGCCCGAGGUGGUGCCCGGCAGGAUGGUGCUCACCAUCACCACCCUGCUCACACUCACAGCAAUGUUCAACGCCGUCAGGGCCGAGAGUCCCAAGGCGAGCUACGCCAAGGCCGUGGAUAUAUGGAUGGCGGGCUGUGUGCUGUUCGUCUUUUUCGCACUCUCCGAGUAUGUCAUCGUCAUACGGAUGAUGGCCGUGGCGGAGAAGAAGAAAAAGAAGCGGGAGCGGGAGCUGCGGGAGCGCGAGCUGUCCGCCUCGAACGCGGCCCGCCCCAUCCGCGUCAACGGCGGCAAGGUGGCGCCCAACGACUCGACAGAGUCGGAGACCAGGAGCAACGGCACGAGCACGCCGCAGUGUAGCCACGAGGUGGCCUGGGACGUCAUGGCCAGCCGGCUGGAGCGGUUUGUCCUCUACGCCUACCCCAUCACCUUCCUGGCCUUCAACGUGGCCUACUGGUGCUACUACCUGUUCAAGCACAGCUACUUCAGUGACAGCUAGACCCUGAGAGUGAUCGGGUGGAGCGCGGCCCGGCGCCGCGGCCGCCCGCUGCAGUGUGAGCCCUGCUGCCAGCGGACGGGCCGCGCCGGGUCGCGCCGGCUGUCCUCACCGGCUGGCCGACGGUGACCGCGUCCGCCGCCGAGGUGGGACCGCCGCCCCCAGCUCUGGUGACAAUCCAAUGUGUGAUACAUCAGCGGCGCCGGCCGAGUGCCAGGUUAUCAGUGGCCGGCAGGAGUGGCCGGCCGGCGCCGGGAUGGAGGAGCCCCGGGCCGACCGGCGCGGGGAUAGGAGCCUCGCGGCAGGAUGGUGCUGGGAUGAGAGUCCGCGACCGGCCGAUGCUAGGGUGGGAGGAGCCCUGUGACCGACCAGCGAAAGCCAACCGGCGCCCGAACACGCAGGGUACAAACAGGAGGCCGCUAAAAACUCCCAAGCUGCGGGUGCGCGCGUGAAUGUGUUGGCAUUGGUAGGGCCGGGCUAAUCCGAGGUGUGUUUCGGGCGUCGGCGAAAGCGGUGUGCGUGAAACUACAAGCAACAGUUGUAAAUAGAGCAGGCCAACGAGCAGCAUCUACGAGUACGAUAAACAAAUAUGCUGCACAAAAUAGCUUGCAACACGACAAUGCUGCAUACCUACCUACUACUGCUCAUGAGACAAAGAGUUACGUGAAUACCUACGCUGUACUUGUGUUGAAAGUUGCAACUGAUAAACACGCUAAUUUAAGCAGCCAAGGCAACGAUAUGUAUUUUGUAUGUUAAGGUGUAAUUAAAACUCUUGUUUUACUAGAUAAUGGAAGGGAGAAAUAGCGUUAUUGUACGGUGGGUGAUAUUCAAUGUUUGAUGGAACGGCACAAUCGCGUGUGUUUACUGUUCACGUGAGUGUGUGUAUGGUUUUGUGCGUUCGUGUAUGUGACGUGUAAGUACAUUGUAGAUAAACGGUCGUAUAUGACAGCUGU